AUGUCAAAACACUCUGAAAAGAAAACUAAAGUAGUAGAAAAUCGAUAUGAUCAUCCUCAAUCAUACUAUUAAUCCUAUAUUCCCACUCCAUACAUAGCUGCCACAUACGAAUAACCAACAGUGGUGAUACCUCAUAUCCAAGGAACUUAAAUCAUAACAGCAGAACCAACAGUGAUAAGAGAGAGAAGAGUGGUGCAAGGAGAAUCAUAAUUCAUAAAAUAAGAUCAUGUGAUCUAGGAAUAGAAUUGCUGCAUGUCUUGUAUGCCUUGUGUGCCAUGUUGUGACAAGGAGUAAAAGGUUGUUACAAGAUAAGUGGUGUUGAAAGAGAAGUAACCAAUUGUCUAAAAUAGAAAUGAGGAUUACGAGAGGAAACUAGAUGAAAUAGAGAAAUUGCACAUACAAGAAGUUAGGGAAAUGGAAUUAAAAAUGUAAUAACAAUUAGAAAUAUUGCAGAAUCAAAAGAUGUAGGAUGAAUAAUAACGACAAUUAAUAGAUUUGAAAUAAUCACUCUUUGAUAUUAAACAUCAAUUAAGUUAAAGAGGUCAAUAAACUCAGCCUUAAUAAUAAUAAACUUAAAUCAUCAACCCAUAUUAAAUAGAGAGAUUGGAAAACCAAUUGGAUAAGAAAAAGAAAAGAAUUAAGGACUUGAAACAAAUCAUAAAUAACAUGCAAAUAGACCUUUAACAAAAGAGUAGUUAGAUCUAAGAUUUGGAUCUACGAUUAAGACAACCAAUUCCUCAAUAAGUAGUUCAUGUUCCAGUGCCAUAAGAGAAUUAUGAGUUGAUUAAUCAGGUAAGAUAUUUAGAGUAGGAGCGUAAUGCAUUGCUGAGAGAAAUUGAUUCCCUCAAAUUCUCUAAUUCAGAAUUAUCGUCAUUGUCUUUCAGGGAGGAUCCUGAGAAGAUCAGAUUAAAACAAGAUUACACUAGAAUGAUCAACGAUUUUAGGUUUCUAGAAUAAGAGAAUAUUAAGAUGGCCACUAUCAUAGGAUAAAAGGAUGAGUUGAUUAAAUCUUUAGAGUAACGAAUCAGCAUAGAAUUGUCAAGACAGUCGAUAUUACUUCAAUAACAAUCUCCUCAGAGAGUUGUUCUUGAAUAAACCACUACUACUCGACCAAUUUAAGCACAAUAUGUCAUUGAUUCAUCUCAAUCAUUUCCUCCAUAGCCAAUUCAUAAGCAAUACAUUAUUUAAGAUUAGCCUAUCCAAACUAUCCAACCAACACUUUUACAAUAGUAAUAAUAAUAAUAAACACUGCCUAAUGUGAAAAUAAUAUCAUGA